CGCUAUUCUCAGAAGUUUGAAUCCCUUACAUUUUUUGAAUCACUUACUUUUGUCUUACUCUCGAUUUUCAUUACUCAAAUUUUUACGACUAUGUUGUGAACACUUUGCCAAAAAAUCCGAUCAAUUUCCAAGUCUUGUUUUCACUUACGGACUAUUUUCUGUAUCAACGAGGAUCGGAAAUGUUUACCAAACUUUGGCAAGUUUUCCAUCAUCCGUCUUUGCCUGGAUUUUCAUGAAACUUUGCAGUUUGAUAGACUAACAUGUUGUAAAACCUUAUGACUAACAAAUUAUUUUGCAUACGCUGGCCAAAAUCUCUUAAGUAUGCGAACUUUGGCAGUGUCCCGGAAAGCUUCUAACUUAAUUUUUGUAAAACUGCAUAUUUCAUGGAUUGGCCCGAAAAAAAUCUACCCAAACAAGCUCCGACUCCACUAUAACAUUAAGAUAUGGUCUUGCAAAAUGAUUAAUCAGAUUGUUAAAGAAUCUUGCCCAUUUUGCGUAUUUAUGACCAAAGCUACGAAGUGUGUUUCUAAACAAUAAUGUAUGGAAAAACCAUCAUGUAUUGUGUAUAUUCUCUGAACUCGUCGACCAGAACAAACCCCCAAGCGAUACAAACACAACAUGAGGCCGUUCAAUACAAACACCCUUAUUCUUAAGCAAAACAAACUGAGUUUCUAUGAUUACACAAGAAUUAGCGUGACUUAAAGUGAACAAUUUGACUCAGUCAUGAGCGACAGUGUUUGAUAUGCGGAAACCGAAGACCAAUCGCAAAUUUAAGGAAUGUGCAAGCAAAUAAACCGGGAAAUGUACCAAACAAAUCAGGGAAAUAAUGACCAAUUUCGGUCAAUCGUUGAUAAUUACGAGGCACUUGUGAAAGAGCUGAAUCAGGAAUUAUUUGAGUUAAAGACUGACCACCAGGAUGUGAAAGCGCAGCUUUUAGCAGUAAUAGCUGAAAACCAAGACCUCUCUAGACAAUGCGAAAAUGUGAUUCGAAGCUCAAAAUGCCACCUGCAAGAAAACGAGGACCACGACUUAACAGAAAAUCUCAAACAGCAAAUAAAUACUCUAAACACCGAAAAGGAGUGCGUAACGAAACUGUGGCAGGAAGCCGUAAAAGCCAUUGACGCUUUGGAAGACGAACUGAAGAUCUUCCAGGCUGGCCAUGAAAAUUUCGUGCCAAAAAAGGAGCUUCAAAAGCUCAAGACGUUUAAUGAAACCCAAGUCGCCGAAUUGCAAACGAAAUUAGCGGAAACCGAAAAAAAGUUGGAAGAAACAAUGCAACAAACUAAAAACAAGAUCAGAGUGAAGCAUUGCGAAGUGGACCAGUCGCUAGACAAUCAAGCAAGUGCACUGAAAAUCAUCAAAAACCUGGAAGCAGAAGUUCUAAGCGUGCAAAAACGUCUCCAAGAAGCUGCGGGAGAGAAACUCAAAUUGGAAAGGCAUUUGUCUAAUAAGGAAGAAGUGAUUCAAGGUUUGAAAACGGCAAAUCAAGAGUGCCUCAAUCGGGUCUCAGAAGCGAUCGCGAUUGUGGAAGCUGCCCUCAACGAAAAAGACGCAGCUCUAUUCAGGGAGAGUAGAAUUCAAGAAGAAAAUGAAAAAUUGGUAAAAGAAACCACCGAAAUCGUCCAGGAAUCACAGGAAAAAAUACAAAGGGAAACUGACCGGAUAAAGUUGGAAUUUGGCCAGAAGCAAAAAUCUCUUCUAGACAAACUUGAGCAGGCACAGAAGGAAAGCCGCAAUCAAAGCGCUGAAAUUGAGGCACUAAAUAAAAAACGCAUUUUGUUGGAAAGUGAACUUGAAAGAAUACAUCGAGGCCAUUGCUCUAAUGAGGAAAGCGACAUAAACAAAUUACUGGUUUUGGAAAAAAACCUUGAAUCCACGUUUCAAAAACUGCUACUGUCUGAAAAGCAAAACAUCCAGCUGGCAUCAGAGAAGGAGGUGAUGAGAAACGACCUCGACCAAAUGGCGAACAUUUACGAAAGAAACCUGAAAAGCAAAGAAAUCGAAAUCUCCACUUGGCAGUCUAAAGCAACUCGGUUGGAAGGUGAACUAACAGAUAGCUAUAAGCAAGUGAACAAAAUUACCGAAAAAAUGGCCAAAGUAAAUGAACGAAUCACCAGAACUGAACAAGAUUUCAAGGAACAAAAGGAUAUCUUUGAAAAGGGUUUAAAUAGGUCACUUGAAGCUAAGCUUGAAAAUUUAACAAAAAAAUACAAUGAUAACAUUAUGGAACUGCAGCGCCAAGUGGAGAAGAAAAACGAAAUAAAUGAGAAGUGGAGGACAGAGUCGAAAAUCAUAACGGAAAACUUGGAAAAAAUGGCCGCUCAUUUAAAACGUGAGGCGCAAGCUCUGAAGAAAAGCAACAAGCAGCUAAAGCAGGACCUGAAAAAAUCCGAAGAAAAAGUAAAACACUACAAAACGUUUCUGGACUUGAUUUCGAAAGACGUCGCAAAAAUUAGUCAUUUAACUGUGGGCAAUUCGAGCAGUUGAGAAAAAAUGCAAAGUUAAAACAAUUUAGAAUGCAAUUAAUGCUCAACCAAUACAUACCGAAAUGUUAUAAUAUAUGUAUAAAUAUUUAAUAAAAUUAUGAGUUAGUGGCAUUGACGCACUCAUUGAAUAAGCUGGGAAAAUAAUAAAGUUUUUCGCCGGUUUCCUGUAAGUCGACCCAAGCCAAUCCUUGGUCGACC